CCCAAGCGGCUGCGCUGCCCGCUCGCCGCCCCGGAGCCACCGCACCACGUCCAGGCCGACCCGCAGCGCGCCCUCUUCGCCGUGCUGGCGCCCGCGCAGCUCAGCCUCUGGUACUGCCGGCCCAGUGUACUAAUUGUAAGCUACAAGGAAUUGACAAAAUCGGCUUCUCAGUUUGGAUCCUAUAAGCAAGCAGAAUGGAGGUCUGACAGCACUAUGAUAGCUGUUUCAACUGCAAAUGGAUACAUCUUAUUUUUUGAUAUCCCAUCAGCAAGAGACAAGUACCUUUAUGAGCCCAUGUACCCCAAGGGAAGCCCACAUAUGAAAGGAACUCCACAUUAUAAGGAAGAACAAUGUGCUCCUUUGUUAAAUUUAGAGCUGAAGAAAGUGCUGGAUUUGCAAGCAUCUAUCACAAGCUUACAGUCUAUGCAGGAGGAUCUGCUUGUUGCUACUGCUGAUGGACUACUCCAUCUUAUUCAUUGGAAUGGUAUGACAAAUGGAAGGAAGGCCAUCAACUUAAGUACUGUACCAUUUUCUGUGGACCUGCAGUCUUCACGAGCAGGAUCAUUUUUGGGCUUUGAAAAUGUGCACAUCAGAGAUAUGGAAUACUGUGAAACCCUUGAUGGGUUUGCUGUUGUUUUUAAUGAUGGAAGAGUUGGCUUCAUUACUCCAAUGUCAAGUAGAUUCACUGCUGAGCAGCUCCAUGGUGUAUGGGCACAAGAUGUAGUUGAUGGAACUUGUGUGGCGGUAAAUAACAAAUACAGAUUAAUGGCAUUUGGAUGUACCAAUGGCUCUGUGCAAGUUUAUACAAUAGACAACACCACAGGAGCCAUGCAGUUUUCUCAUAAGUUGGAGUUGACACCAAAACAAUAUCCUGAUAUUUGGAACAAAACAGGACCUGUUAAAUUGAUCAGGUGGUCUCCCGACAGCUGUGUUGUUAUGGUUACCUGGGAAUGUGGAGGCCUGUCCUUAUGGAGUGUUUUUGGUGCCCAACUUAUCUGUACUCUGGGGGGAGAUUUUGCAUAUCGGUCUGAUGGUACCAAAAAAGAUCCUCUAAAGAUCAGCUCUAUGACGUGGGGUUCAGAAGGAUAUCACCUGUGGGUGAUCGAUGGCAGUUGUUCUCAGAAUGUGGGAUGUGAGCCUGAUGCAAAGAGUAAGGCUUGUCAGUCUGGUAUUCUGCAAUUUCAGUUCAUCAAGAGUGCACUUACUGUUAACCCUUGCAUGAGUAACCAGGAGCAGGUCCUUCUUCAAGGAGAAGAUCGCUUGUAUUUGAACUGUGGGGAUGCAACGCAGGCCCAGAAUCCCAGAUAUACUUCAGCACACUCAGACCAUAAAUCCAUCAGGGAAAGGGCCACAUUUGCAGAUGGAAUUUUAGAUUCUCAGGGUUUAAGCACUUUAUUAGGACACAGACAUUGGCAUGUUGUACAGAUUCACAGUACAUACCUAGAGAGUAACUGGCCUAUAAGGUUUUCAGCCAUUGACAAGCUGGGACAGAAUGUAGCUGUUGUUGGCAAAUUUGGUUUUGCGCAUUAUUCUUUACUCACCAAAAAAUGGAAAUUGUUUGGAAACAUUACCCAGGAGCAAAAUAUGGUUGUGACAGGUGGCUUAGCCUGGUGGAAUGAUUUCAUUGUUCUUGCGUGCUAUAAUUUAAAUGACCGUCAAGAAGAGCUACGAAUCUACUUGCGAACAUCCAAUCUGGAUAAUGCAUUUGCCCAGGUCAUCAAAGUGCAGUCAGAAACAUUAUUACUCAGUGUCUUCCGAGACAUAGUAAUAUUGUUCAGAGCAGAUUGUUCUAUUUGCCUUUACAGUAUUGAGAGACGACCUGAUGGUCCUAACCCUACCGCCAGUGUUCAGGUUCUUCAAGAGGUGUCCAUGUCUCGUUACAUUCCUCAUCCUUUCCUUGUGGUGUCUGUUACUUUGACAUCGGUGAGAACAGAGACGGGCAUCAGCUUGAAAAUGCCACAGCAGGCCUGUGAGGCAGAAAGCAUUAUGUUAAACUUAGCGGGACAACUCAUCAUGGUGCAAAGGGAUCGGUCUGGCCCCCAGAUACGGGAGAAAGAGAGUAGCUCUAACCAAAGGAAGCUUCUGCCUUUUUGUGCUCCAGUUGUACUGGCCCAGUCUGUUGAAAAUGUCUGGACUACUUGCAGGGUCAACAAACAGAAGCGCCAUUUACUGGAGGCACUGUGGCUCAGCUGUGGUGGAUCAGGUAUGAAAGUCUGGCUUCCUUUGUUUCCCAGAGAUCACCGAAAACCACAUUCCUUUCUAUCAAGACGGAUCAUGCUGCCCUUCCACAUCAAUAUAUACCCUUUGGCUGUUCUGUUUGAAGAUGCCUUGGUUCUUGGUGCUGUUAAUGACACUGUGCUCUAUGACUGUUUAUACAAUCAAAGCAGUGCACAAGAACAUUUGGAGGUCCUCUUUCCUUUCUGCAUUGUUGAGAGAACCUCUCAGAUCUACCUCCAUCACAUCUUACGCCAGCUUUUGGUUAGGAACCUAGGUGAACAAGCCUUGCUUUUGGCCCACUCCUGUGCCACGUUACCUUACUUUCCUCAUGUGCUAGAACUGAUGCUUCAUGAAGUGCUGGAAGAAGAAGCUACCUCGCGGGAGCCCAUUCCCGACCCUCUCCUUCCCACUGUGGCUAAGUUCAUUACAGAGUUCCCCCUCUUCCUGCAGACAGUUGUUCAUUGUGCUAGGAAGACUGAAUAUGCUCUGUGGAAUUACCUUUUUGCUGCUGUUGGAAACCCGAAGGACUUAUUUGAGGAGUGCCUAAUGGCCCAAGACUUGGACACAGCUGCCUCCUACCUUAUUAUUCUACAGAACAUGGAAGUUCCAGCAGUUAGCAGACAGCAUGCCACUCUUCUGUUUAACACUGCUCUGGAGCAAGGGAAGUGGGACCUUUGUCGUCACAUGAUCAGAUUUCUUAAAGCCAUUGGCUCUGGAGAAUCAGAGACACCCCCAGCAACACCUACACCUCAGGAACCCAGCCCAAGUGGUGGCUUUGAGUUUUUCAGACAUCGUAGCAUUAGUUUAUCCCAAUCAGGAGAAAAUCUUCCAUCUAGCAAAUUUAACCUACAAAAAACACUAAGCAUGCCCUCUGGCCCAUCUGGAAAAAGGUGGAGUAAGGACAGUGACUGCGCUGAGAACAUGUACAUUGAUAUGAUGCUUUGGCGACAUGCUCGGCGCCUGCUGGAGGAAAUAAGGCUUAAAGACCUAGGCUGCUUUGCUGCACAGCUGGGCUUUGAGCUUAUUGGCUGGCUGUGUAAGGAGCGAACCAGAGCUGCGCGUGUGGAGGACUUUGUGAUUGCUUUGAAGAAGCUCCACAAGGAUUUCCUCUGGCCAUUCCCUGUCAUCCCAGCUUCAUCCAUUAAUUCACCCUUCAAGAAUGGAAAGUACAAGACAGCUGUUGGAGAGCAGCUGCUGAAGUCCCAGUCAGCAGACAGCUUUUUAAACAUGGAAAUGGAUACUGGGGUUCCAAGUGCACCACGAAGUCACAGCUGGCUCGGCACGAUCAGCUUAUCCCAGAGAGAGAUGGACACAGCUUCGUCCCAUGGACCUCACAUGCAGGAGGCAUUCCUCUCGCCUUUGUUAAAUAAAGGUGACGAGUGUAGCAUUGGUUCAGCAACAGACCUGACAGAAACAAGCUCUAUGGUGGAUGGUGACUGGACCAUGGUGGACGAAAACUUCUCUGGCUUAAGUCUGACGCAGUCAGAGCUGGAACACAUCUCUCUGGAACUGGCCAGCAAAGGGCCGCACAAGUCGCAAGUUCAGCUACGGUAUUUACUGCAUAUCUUCACAGAAGCAGGGUGUUUGGACUGGUGUAUUGUGAUAGGACUUAUUCUCAGAGAGUCUUCAGUCAUCAACCAGGUUUUUAGUAUAAUGCAAACCUCUGAGAUUGAUGGAGAGAUCUGGCAAAAUAUCAAGACUGGCCUGCAUGCUGUAGACAGAUGGGCUUCCACAGACUGCCCCGGUUACAAGCCAUUUCUAAAUGUCCUCAAGCCACAGCUACAGAAGUUAAGUGAGAUAACAGAAGAGCAAGUGCAGCCUGAAGCUUUUCAGCCAGCAAAUCCUUCUAAGACUGCAGAACAAAGCAGCCCAAGGGCAGAAGAAAGCAGGAGUUCAGCUAGCCACAGUGCUAGCCCGCAGAGUGAUGGCAGCAGCUGCAGUGUAAGCAGACAUGAAGAGGACACAUCUAGGACAGAGGAGAACGAUCCUUUCCAGGAGGGCAGUUAUGACUGCACAGUGUCUUAGCAAGAUUUUUGUUGGAGGAUGACAAAGGUAAAUAUCCAAAUAUCAAGCCUGGGAAGAAGCAGACCAGCUUUCAGGCCUACUUUUACAUUCACUGAAUAAAGAAUUUAACUCGCAUCCAUGGAUGACAAUAAUGCAACUAAUAAGCAGUUACAUUUCAAACAGCUGCAAAGGGAAACAUGAAAAUACUUGGUUUCAUUGUAGAGGUGUGGAUUGGACUGGUUCUUUCUUUCCCUGGAUAGUAAACUUGCUAUUUUUGGACUGUAGUACUGGCUAUUGCAAAAGGACAGUAAUUUAUAUCAAUACAUAGGUACAUUUAUUACAGUUUUGGUUGUUGGUCCCUUUGCCACUUACCUUGAAGAUUCUUUUAGAUGAGUGUCUGCGUAAUAGGGCAUGGCUGGAGAAGACUUUUGUAAUUAUUAUCAGCCUGCCUGUGUUUUCUUAUGACUUUAAAUAUGAAUUCUCCAGUGAAGCUAGUUAGACACUGACUGUGUACGCUCUAAUUGGCUUGAUCAAAAUGUUUCCUAGAUUGUUUGAUAUCACCAAAAUAUUUUGUAUUAAAGACCUGUAAAAUAGUGUAUGUUUUUGUGAAUACUCUUGUAUAAAAUAUUCAAGGCUAAUGCUUUGGGGAACUACCAUAUUUAAAGGUACCUAUGUGUAUUCUGCAUGUUUAGAGGCAACUAGUACAAUUUUAAGCAAAGUUGCACUUCCUUCUGGAUGAGGCACACUUUCACUGAUCUGUCAGAGUGGUGACAUUUUAUUAGUGGCCUAACUUGUACCAUUGGCCACUCGAAACAGAUCCUACAAUUAUGUAGACUACCGAAGGUUAUUUAUUUCACUUGUAAAUUCCUUUCUGGAAGAUGGAUUUUUAAUGUAAAUAGAAUCACUUAUCAUGUACUCUUGUUACUAAAUUUUAGUAAUGUAAACAGUGCAUACUGAAACAUUUUCCAAACAUUUUAUAAUGUGCAUACCUGUAACUAAGACUAUUUUAAACUUUCAUACAAUGCUAUGAGAAGCUGGCUGCAAAAGUCUGUUGCUUUGAGGUACUUAUUUUUUCUAGCCACUGUCCCAAUGUAAUAUUAAAUACCUGUAACAGUAUUAAUUUAGAUAUUCAGCUUGUUUGUACUGUGCAAUCUGAACAAAAGAAUGCAAAACAUUACUUUUUAUACAGAAUUAACUAGUUUAUUUUUUAUAACAUCACUGAUUACUGACAUGGACCAAAUUAGUUAUCUUACAUAAUUCCAUCUCCUGCCAGUCUCCCCAUGCAGCUACUAAAGUACAAAUCCAUUCAAAGUCUGACCUAAAUGUGAAGAUCAUUCACAAGAAGUUGAAAUAAAUGACUGGUUACACAUUUGCUUACCUGUAUUUGUGUUAAGGACCAAGGUAAUACAGAAAACGACUGUAGUUACUUUACUGUGGUCUUAGCUGUAAGACCAUAUAACCAGUACAAGUGCAAUAAGUUCUGGUAUUUCCUAGAGGGCUGGAACCUAUUGGUAAUUCUAUGCAGAGCUUCCAUUUGAUUUAAGUUCCAACUUUUUAAACUCACAGCAGAUGCAAAGAGGUCCUGUCUUGCCGAAUGGUACCAUUUUUAAAUUUAGUUUUCAUUGUAGCUACUGAAUACGUGUUUCAUACUGCUAGCAGUUUGCUGAAAUACGUUGCAUCUUCAAAUUAGGACUUGUAAAAAUAAACAGUUUACUGUGAAAAGACCUCCAACCCACUACUGUGGUAAUUAACAACAUCCCUUUUAUCUUACAAAAAGUCAAAUGAGGUUUUGAAACUAAGUUCCCCUGCAGUGUUUAAAAACCGAAAUUACAUAGCACUAAGAACCGUGAUUUCUUAUUUAUAUCUUGUUCAAUAGCUAAGGAAGAGGGACUCUUACUGCUAUAAUCAGAGCCACCAUUUUAAAACAUUUCUACAACACAAGCAGCCUUGCAAAGGGAUGAUUAACCUGUUCCUCUCAAGCCAUAGUGUAAGAUUAAUACCUUAUAGUUGAGUCCUUCCACAGUUUGGCAUUUUGGUAUUUUCAGGGGAGUUCUUCUGCCAUGCUGUCUGUCGUGUGAACACCUAAUGUGAGGCAGAUACCUCACAACCAUUCUGUGUAAUGAGGUUGGUAGUGCAGGCCAAUUUGAAGUGAAUUAAACAAUUACACUUUUUGGGUAAAA